AUGGGCGCUAAGCGCAAAUCGGGUGAUGGCCCGGGAAGUGCAAAGCAACCGAAGCUGACAGAUGCGCCACUCAAAGUGCCAGUCGAGGCGCUGCUGAAGGAGCGGGUUCAGCGCUUUGACAAAUGGCUGGGUGUGAUUCUGAACGAGCACAACAGCUUGGAGAAGUACAUGACCAAGACGUUGGUGGAAGAUCAGGACCAUUUUCAAAAAUUGUGGUUUGCUACAAACGCCGACGAACCCGGUGUCGAGAAGAUUGCGAUCUGCAAGGUCAACGCAGAGCUUUUGACCGAACCGAUCCCCGUUCAAGGCGACUCCAUGAACGAGUACUUACCACCCAUGAGUGUGUUCUAUGUCAAGGGUUUUACCCGCUGCUUCUGCGCCGUGGCCGUUUUGCUGUAUGCGUACAAGAACCAGGAUGUUUUGGAGGCGGGCCUUGAUGGGCCUUGA